AUGGUUGAUCACGUGCAAUUUUACUUAGAAGAGCUACUGCCAAUAGGUGGUAAAACCGUUCCGUCAAUUGAAAAUGAAUUUGUCCCAGAUUAUCCAUCAAUUGUUGACAGAUUUUUCACAAGAUAUUACUAUGUUCAUCCUUCUAAACAAACGGAACCGCACCUAGUGUUAUUUCACUCCAAUCGAGUAUGUCUGAUUGGUCUAGCUUCGAAUCACGAAGCCUUUUCACGUGGAAUCAAAUCUGUUUCGUUUGAGGUAGGUAAAAUAGAUCGCAGCCAGAAUCAAGUCAGCGGAAAGAAGAAAAGUGGAGGCAUGAUCGUGCAAGCAGAUUCUACUUUGGCGCUAGUGACAUGCAACGACGGGCACGUUUUCAAGGUUCGUGGCUGUGUGCAAGGCAAGUUAAUAGAGGUGAAUCAACGGAUAAUUCAAGGUGUUGAGUUAUUGCGAACAGAGGGAUAUGGAUAUGUAGCUGUCGUAAUGCCUAAACCAGAACAGUGCGAUGCGAUUAAGAAAAAGUUAUGGUCAACUACUGAAUUAGAAAAACAAUUGAACAAAAAUUAAUGCAAACAUGAAUCCUUUAAUGCAUAACAGUGUGUAAAUAAACCCAUGCAAAAAAAAAAACAUUUUUCGCUGGAAUUGGAA